ACCGUAGGCGGAAUGGUUGCCAUGGCAGCGGCAGGUCGCGCGGCUGGCUGGAGGGAAGAUGGCGGUAACCGGCUGGUUGGAGUGUCUGCGGACCGCCGAGAAGACGGCGCUGCUGCAGGACGGAAGAAGGAAGGUGCACUAUUUGUUCCCAGAUGGAAAGGAAAUGGCCGAAGAAUAUGAUGAGAAGACCGGUGAACUACUUGUGAGAAAGUGGCGUGUGAAAAGUGCCUUGGGAGCCUUGGGCCAGUGGCAGAUUGAGGUGGGAGAGCCAGCAUUCCUGGGAGCAGGGAGCCUGGGCCCUGAGUUCAUCAAGGAAAACAAUGCCAAUCCCAUCUUCAUGCGCAAGGACACCAAGAUGAGUUUCCAGUGGCGGAUUCGAAACCUCCCCUACCCUAAGGAUGUCUACAGUGUCUGUGUGGAUCAGAAGGAGCGCUGCAUCAUUGUCAGAACAACCAACAAAAAGUACUACAAGAAAUUCUCCAUUCCUGACCUAGACAGACACCAGCUACCUGUGGAUGGGUCCUUGCUGAGCUUUGCACAUGCCAACUGCACCUUGAUCAUUUCUUACCAGAAGCCAAAGGCGGUCCUGGCAGCUGAGUCAGAGCUUCAGAAGGAGCUAAAGAAAGUGAAGACAGCCUACAGCAGUGAUGGGGACUGUAAGACCCAGUAGCGGACCAUCCUUGAGCCUGCAGCAUGGUGGGUGGGUGAGGCUCUUCCAGACUUUGCAGCUUGGGCCUUUCUGGUACAGGGGUACCUCCUCUCUUCCAAGAGCUGUCCAGGCUCUUUGAGAACUGGGCUGUAGGGUGUUCCUAGCCCUGAUAUCAUGGUCUGAUCUCCCAGUAAAGUCAUUCUGAGUCACUGUG